GCCCUAAAGGCUGAUAUGACAGAUUCGAAGCUCGGCGCUGCUGAGGUCUGGACAUCACGACAGGCUCUUCAGGACCUGUACCAGAAAAUGCUGGUGACGGAUCUGGAGUAUGCCUUGGACAAGAAAGUUGAACAAGACCUCUGGAACCAUGCUUUUAAGAAUCAAAUAACAACACUACAGAGUCAGGCCAAGAACAGAGCCAACCCCAAUCGAAGUGAAGUCCAGGCCAAUCUCUCUCUCUUUCUCGAGGCAGCUAGUGGAUUUUACACACAGUUAUUGCAGGAGCUGUGCACGGUGUUCAAUGUGGAUUUGCCUUGUCGGGUGAAGUCGUCUCAGCUAGGCAUCAUCAGCAAUAAACAGAGCAACUCCAGCGGCAUAGUGAAGCCACAGCCCAGCUCUUGCUCCUAUGUCUGCCAGCACUGUCUAGUCCACCUGGGGGAUAUCGCACGGUAUCGUAACCAGACCAGCCAAGCGGAGUCCUAUUACAGACAUGCAGCUCAGCUUGUUCCAUCAAAUGGUCAACCAUACAACCAGUUGGCGAUUCUGGCCUCCUCCAAGGGAGACCACCUCACAACAAUCUUCUACUACUGCAGAAGCAUCGCAGUCAAGUUUCCCUUUCCAGCAGCUUCCACCAACUUACAGAAAGCUCUUUCCAAAGCUCUUGAGAGCCGGGAUGAAGUCAAAACCAAAUGGAGCGUGUCUGACUUCAUCAAAGCCUUCAUCAAGUUCCAUGGGCACGUUUACCUCGGCAAAAGCGUGGAGAAGCUCUGUGCUUUGAGAGAAAAGCUGGAGGAUCAGUUUCAGAGAUUGCUACUCCAGAAAGCGUUCAGCUCUCAGCAGUUAGUUCACAUCACAGUUAUUAACCUGUUUGAGCUGCAUCACCUGAGAGACUUCAGCAACGAGAACGAUGAUCAGAGCUUCAGUUCGGAUGAGGAGAUCUGCUGGUUUCAGCUCCUGGGUCUUUUUAUGUCUUUCCUGGGUGUGAUGUGCAGCCGAGCUUUACUAAAUAAAGAAAAGAACCAGGAAGACAUCAUGGGCGAGUGUCCGCUGCCGGCCGUCAAAGUGUCCCUGGAUUGGCUGAGGCUGCGGCCCGUCUUUACCGAGAACGCAGUUGACCAGAGACAGUACAUUUGGCCUUGGCUCGUAUCUAUCCUUAACAGCUUUCAGCCCAAGGAGGAGGAUGUGUCAAAUCCAUCAGCGACUCCUCUUGCAGAAGAAUUUGAGUUGCAAGGGUUUCUGGCUCUGAGACCUGCAUUAAGGUUGUUGGACUUUUCCAAAGGACAUCAGGGUGUUGUGGUAGGCAAAGAAACUCUUAUGAUUCAUGCCCGGCAACAAAGACUCAUCAACCUGGGCAAGUGGGUGGCAGACAAUCACCCGAAUCUGAUUCAGUGUCGCAUCAGCGACGGCCUGCUCCUCUUCCUCACCGCCAUCCCCGAGCUGGCAAUAGAACAGCCACAAGAGAAGGAGCCGUCUGUUCUCCAGGAGUCCUCGAACGGCGAGCAGAACCCUCACGACAGCUCACUGGGCCUCAAAUCGGUGCUUUCCAUGGGCAAGAGUCAGAGCAGCGGUCUGGACGGCAGCGAGAGGCCCGUGGUCACGUUCAAAGAGAACAUCAAACCCCGCGAGCAAAGUCGCGAGCAGAACCGGACCCAGCAGCACAGGGAUGCGGGAAAGGAGCGAUCCGGCUUCAGCAAGGGCAACGGAGCGCCGUUAAAGAGCGAACAGAAGAAGGACGGCAAGAGGAAGAGCGAGGUCAAGAAAAACAGCCAUGAUAAGGCAUCCGACGCAGGCAAACAGGUGACAUUUGAUGUCAAAAGUCAGUCAGAAAUGAGGAAAACUCCAGUGUCUGAAGCUAGAAAGACCCCAGUCACGCAGACUCAGACGACCUGCUCUUCACAGUUCAUCCCCAUACAUCACCCAGGAGCCUUUCCCCCUCUUCCCAGCAGGCCAGGAUUUCCCCCGCCAGCGUAUGUCAUCCCACCCCCUGUAGCAUUCUCCAUGAACCCCGGUUUCACCUUUCCAGCGAGCGUGUCCGUCUCCGCCUCCUACCUGCAGUCCGCCUCCCACCCCCAGUCUGCCAAUCAGGUGCAGUCUGGAAAGCCCUCUCACAUUCCCUACAGCCAGCAGAGGCCGUCCGGCCCCGGUGGCCUCGCUCAAGGACCACCCCCAGCCCAGCCCCAACCACAGACGGCUCAUCCUCAGCCUUCCAAAGCGGCUCUGAAGCAGGGUGUGCAGCUUCAGGUACAGCAGCAGCAGUCGCCCACCAAGCAGAGCUCUCAGCUGGGCAAGAGUCCGCCUCACCACACCGGCAUGCAGCAGCAGUUCAUGCCCGUGUCCGACCAGAUGUGGAACCAUCACGCUCAACCCUCAAUGGCUAAGAUGCCCAUGCCAGUCAAGCAACCUUUCUUCAUGCCCACCCAGGACCACAUGAAGCUUUUCGAGCACUCCAUGCCCCCGGCUGUGCCCAUGCAGCCACCCCAGCCCAGCAUGGACAAGAAGAUUAAUUUCCAAGACGUCAAGAUGCAAGAUUUUUACUGGGAGCCGCCGUACCGUAUGAACGAGAGCAGGGGCAGCAUGGCGGAGAGGAUGGGCAAACACCAGGCUGGAGUCUUCUGCCCAGAACAGGAUAACACGCCCCGAGUGCCACCCUAUGAGGGCAACAAGAGCUCUCCUCUUCUUCCUCCAGACCUGUUAAAAACUCUGGCAGACUUUGAGGAGGAGGAGGAGCUGGUCUUUACUAAGCCUCAUGAUUUCUACCAGGCCUUGGCCGGCCCUCUUAACUCUGCUCCGGGAAGAAACAUGUUUUUACCAAACCAGUCCAGGCUAGACAAUGCACCAGAGGUACUGGCUCAGUCAUCACUGCUGCACCGUUCAGUCUUUCCCGUUCAGGAGAACUACCAAAACAACAGUAUAUUCAGCGAGGCCUACGGUAAAAACAUGGCCCCCACACCAAAGCCCGAUGUUCCUAUGAUGCACCAGGAACCCUCCUUGUACUCCCUGUUUGAAGGAACUCCAUGGUCCCCACCCCUCCCUGCCAGCUCAGAUCACUCAACCCCAGCCAGCCAGUCGCCUCACUCGUCCAACCCCAGCAGCCUGCCUUCGUCUCCUCCCACCCACAGCCACGGCGCUCUGCCCUUUUCCAAUUUCGGCCCUAUCGGCACGCCGGACAGCCGCGAUCGCAGAGCAGCCGACCGCUGGAAGGCUGAAAAGACUGGUGUAAGUGGCUUUGGUCUGGAUUACUUGCCUGCUGGCCCGUCAUCCUCCGUUCAAGAGCCAAACACCUGGCACCAGGGCGCGCCAACCAACAGCUGGGCAGCUCAAGACAUACCGAUGGAGGACUCGUCCACCGUUCUUCUGGACAGCUUUAAGUCAAUCUGGUCAAGCUCGAUGAUGCAGCCAGGCCCUUCUGCACUGGAGCAGCUCCUCAUGCAGCAGAAGCAGAAGCAACAGCGCGGCCACGGCACCAUGAACCCGCCUCACUGAACGGGUCGCGAAACCGGCGCAAAGCACUUGUGCGUAACAAUUCCGAAAAAAGAAGAAGAGGUGCGAAGCCACAAGCUCCAAUCGGAAAAUCGGUUUCCCGGCGUUAUCCUGCGUAGAGGGUGGAGACGGCAGCCGGCGUGAACCAACACGCUCUAAUGCGACCGCUCACACGAGCGACCGGAGAGGUGCACCCCUUUCCUCUCGUCUUUCUCUCUCCGUCUCUCUCUAUAUACGUCGCCCCGCGCCUAUACGGCGAGGGCGCGACUUAACAAAAAAAAACAAAAAAAAAGCACCCGAUCUGCUGCACUGCUCAGCAUGUAGCCGCCGCAGAACCGGUCGUGCUUUCUCAGCGGGGUCUAUAGGUACUCCUGAUGUUUUACCUGGACUCUGACUGAACCGGACCUCUUCGAAAACCACCUGCUUUAUCCUGCUUUGUGGAACUGACGCGCUGCACAAGGGAGACGGACCGACCUUCGCGCGAGAAGACGAGUAGAAGGAUGGAUUUACGGACUGGAGGAGGAGCAGGACGGACGGACGGACGAACGAACGAACGAACUGAAGUACUAGACUGCAUUAGUGCAUUUUCUGGAUUAUAUCAUUUUGCCGGGGGGGUUCGUGUAGCUGUGGUGGGAAUGGAAGUGGCGUCUAGUGUGCCUCUUUUGAAUUGCAUUCGGAUCAUGGGACAUCACUGAGGUCUGUCUUGUCUGUCUGUAAGAUCUAGCCUGCUCGUUUUCUGGAAGGACGGAAGGGUUAGGGGUAUAAUCAAGCUGCAUCUGUCUCUUUUCAAAGACGGACCUCCUGUGAGCAUCGUUCUAGCAUAAUGAAGCAAAUGGGAGUAGGGUUUAGACUAUAGAUAGUGAGUGUAAUGUCUUUAGCUGCAAUAGAGGUUGCAUUUAACAACACUGUAUUUUGUGAAUCGUUAUGUAGCAAUUUUAGCUUUCUGAGAUGAUGGAUUCAUAUGUUCAGUAGUUUACUAAAGAGGAAGCUCUUUAUAUACGGCUAUAUAUUCCUCCUCGCCCCUUCUAGCGCUUUCGGAGAGGCACCUUAGCAGUCUUAGUUGCUUACCAGCUCCUUUCGUUCGUGUUCUGCCUUUCGAGACGUCAUUUUUUUUGUGCCUGGUCAGUGUUUGCGCUUGCUUUCUUUUCUCUCUUCCCUUCCCUUCCCUGAUUUGCAAUCUUGCUAUAUUGUUUCUCACGAGCGUCCCGAUUGGCGAACGGGUCCAGCAAUCGGAGCUGCUGGUUCAGCAUCGCAGGCACGCGCAGAACGGUUACAGCCUCCGUUUCUACUAACCUGACCGAAUCGGACGCUCGCUGCGUAAGGUAAGGACCGAACCCCGAUGUAAAUCGCUCGUUCGGUUCUGUUCCGUCACUAUGGGUCGUCCUGUCGACGCGAUCGCCGAUUUACCUUGCUUCUUCGGUCCGUCUGAUCGCAGGUCUACGCAGAUAAGGGUUAAAUCUAUAUUCGGUGUUUUCUUCUUUUCUUUCGGUCAUGCUGUAUCGGUAUUCUUCGGAAGGAAGGCUCUAAGGACGUCCUCGUAUGAAGGGAAAGCACAUUUUUAUUUUUGUGUAGAGACUUUUAAAUAAUAGCUCUAUUUGCUGUGACUGUGCUUCCUCAUUGCAUUUAAAAAACGUAUAUUUAAAAUAUUUACAGAGGCGUAAUAAAUCCAUGAACUUCAGUGAAUCUAAGUGAAGAGAUCUACAUGAAUUAUCGCUCUGAUUUGUCCGUUUUAUCACUUAAUCAUAAGUUUAAUUCAUUCGGUCGUACGGUUGAUAACUGUACCCCCCCCCCCCCCCCCCCCUUCUAUUUCUUUAUUAUGACGGAUGUGUUGGCGGUGGCAGUAUUAACAUUCCAGUAUGAAUGUCAAACAAAAAAACAGCCAGCUUUUUACACAGCCACAGCACAGUACAGUACAGUACAGUACAGUAAAAACAACCAUGGUGUUAAUAAUCCUAUCCUUUUUUGUGAGAAUUCUGCAUGGAAAAAAAUAUUGUGUGUGUUUAGGGCUGAAGGAGGGAGGAAUACAGUGAGUGAAGCUUUCAAAGGGUUUGUCCUACCAAGCCAACUUGAUUUAUUGUGUUCUUGCCUUUCUGUGGACUGUCAGACAUGCAAAAAUCAGCUAUUCCUUUAAUAAAGUAAACCCUGUUCUCUUCA